AUGUGUGCGUUGGGAUUGUAGAACCAGUUCGACGAAGUUUCUUAAGUUGUUCGUAGUUCGGUUUUGAAUUUUUAUUUGCUUGAAUGCAAUACGUUUCGGAAAGUGCAAUCAAUUGCAUCUCAAUUGAAUAACAUUAAGUCAUAUACCGAUAGUGCGAAGAAACAUCAGUCGGUCGCCUACAGAGGAUCGGACUGUUUUGUGCAUAUUUCUUUGACAAUUAUGUAGCAAUCAAUCUGUGUGUUUCCGUGCCGUUUCAUGUGUGUGCACUGUUUUGGUAUUUAAUUGCGAAAAGGUGGUGUAAUAUCGGAUGUAAUGCAAAUAGGAAAAUCGUGACUAUUCAGCGCUGAUAACACAAAAACUUCAAUGGAUGUCAGCUAGUGUUAACAGUUGGGUACUAUUUGUCGUAACAAAAUGCAGUGUUUAUUGAUUGUGUCAUCCAUACAGUUCUGCUAUCCAAAACAACAAUGACUACAAUUGACAAAUGUGUAAGCAACUCUAUCACCAUUGAAUCGGAUACUGCUGACUGGAAGUGCAUUGAUGGCAGAAUAAUUAUUGAAUAAUGAAAAUGGUGGAUUGGAGAAAAGGAAAAUACACUACUUGUGUGAGGUGAAAGAAGAGUAUUUAUAAGUUAGGAAGAAAUAUUACUUUUAAACAGACCUACGCUCGCACAUACACGCAUUUAUUUCAUUAAUGUAAACAAGUAAAUGUUGAGACAGAUAUCGACCGAGAUCACCGUGAAAUCUUGUGGAUAGAUUUACAAAUCCGAGAAAGUGUAAUACUUUUCUAGUGAAGCAAACACUACAUAAGGCAAAUUGGAGAAAUUGCUCUGUUCACUGUGCUGUCUAUAAUUAUACAGAGAAUACGUAUUUAAAUAGGAUAGAAGUUUACAUCUCAGUGCAACGUUAGGAUAGAAUCGGCACGCUAUAUACCCAUAUGUCUGCAGAAGUUGACUAAGUUCAUGCUCGCGUUUUUCUACACACGGAACUAGUUGAUAGAUUGACUAAGUUGUGUGAAACAGUCGGCUGAGCAAUAGUGGCUUUGGGCGGGUUUUCCUGAAUGAAAAAACGCUCAAAUUAUACCGAAAUGAGAAAAUGUUGUGUCUGAGAGGUCGAAGAAAUUUGUGCACAAUAGUCAAACCAUGUCCAUGUUUGAAAUGACCAUGUCCUUCAAAACGUAUAAUGUUUUGCGAAUGUGUAUACACUCUGUUGCAACAUGACAGGUUAUUUCGUGAUAUUCUACAAUAUUAAAAGUGAAAUACCGCAAUGCAAAAUCUAAUGACACAUUCAAAGUAUGCCUAUACUAUAACACUAUUUGGAAAACACAGAAAUGGUUCGGUUGAAUAUCGAAACGGUAUUUAUCAAUGAAUAGUAAUUCGGCACGGAGUCGUGUAGAAUAAGGUCAUUGCCACAGUUUCGAAAACUGUUUAUGACUAAUACGAAUACUCCAUGGAAAGGCGGAUCUGAGAGAAGCAGCAUACGAAAAACGAACGAGAGAAGCAACACUAAAUAGUUUGAAUCCGUGUCAACCCCAUCAAACAGUAAUGAUCAAUGUGUUUUGUACCGUUUUUGUGUAUGUGACGCAACGCAACAGCGUAUGCGGGUGUGAAUUAAAAAUAGUGAGCGAAUGGUUUCAACGCUUUGAAUGAGUGUUUUAUGCUUCGCCGCCGAAGGAACAGAAAAACCACCAAAAAGCAGAACAGUAAUUGCAGCAUCCGUAGCCAAGAGAAUAAAUAAGUGCGCUACUAUUCGUACGAGUAAAUGAAACUAGCGCGACAGAAGUGGAUGGAAUGGAUGAAACAGUGAUCCAUUUCGCCAGGAGAACUUUAUUCUGUUGCAGUUUCGAAUUCAGAAUGAAUACAAUAUACCACCCGGCAGCCGAAAGGGCAACAAUAACACCGGCAAAUGGAUUUUUCAAGUUCCUAACAAAAUUCUCAGGGAGGAGACGGAUAAGCUAUCGGUUACGCAGGUUAUCUAGCUUGUGUUUUCCCUACUUUGCAAUUUUUAUUAUUUUAAGUACAGUAUGCAGAAUAACAGAUGCCUGUUCGAGUCGGACAACACCUAAACCUCGUCCACCUAGUCCGACGCCUAGACCAAAUAUUACAUUCCAUACGUAUAAAUGUCCGCCUGCCUAUGCGGCCUGGUACUGUCUGAAUGAAGCUACCUGCUUCACCGUCAAGAUUGGCGAUUCGUUAUUGUACAAUUGCGAAUGCGCUGAUGGGUACAUGGGUCCUAGGUGUGAAUACAAAGACCUGGAUGGGUCAUACUUACCAACUCGGCCUCGAGUGAUGCUCGAAACCGCGAGUAUAGCAAGUGGUGCCAUCGUUGCAGUGGUUUUAGCAUCGAUUGUGUGUUGUUAUAUAUGUGUACACAAGCACCAGCAGAAGAAAAGACUGGAGAGCGCCAACGGAGGCGUCGACACUGUGGACGGUGUGCUUCGGAUGGUACGAAGUGAUCAACCGAGACGACCGUUUGGUUCACACCAUCUUCGAACGAUACCAAUGAGCGAAUCGUUAAGUCGAUAGAUAUUGAAGGAUACAACUCAUACAUUAUAGUCUCAUCGGUCUUCUGAAAGAUAUAAGAUUGAAAAGACAAAAUGCCUUUCACAGUGCAGGAUACACGAGUUAAACGCCUUGUCGAACUGGAUUCAGGAAGACCUUGCAUAGGUGCUGUUGUUCCAUCUACUGCCAUGAUUUUAACGACACGUUGGAAUCAACAUUUUUCGUCUACAAACGAUGAGUACGAUGAUGGAUGGUGCGAAAGGAAUGACACGUUUUUUUACAGAUUACAAUUACUUUUUAUACAUGCAUGUUAUAUUACUGAUAUUAACUUCAGGUGCCUAAAAGUGAUUCAAAGAACUAAAAUCAAAAUCAAAAAAGUUGUCACUGGAACGUUUAUAAACUUUAAAGUGAGCGCAUUGUUUUAAAAGUAACGUAAUGUACUGAUUAUGAAAAUUUUGACGAAUAACAGAUAAACGAUAAAAUUAAACAUAAUAAUCAGCAGUUCGUCCGUUCUCAUUUACUUAAAUUUUGGCCAAAAUGAAAAUAAAAAAUCGUGAUAAUUUAAAGAAUGACUACUAAAAUAGUAUAAUUAAUGUUUGAUUUUUUUUUAAAUAGCCACAGAUUUUAUUUACCUUAAUGCAUGAGACGGUCGGAUUGAAUUUUAGUUAUUUUUUCGAUUUUCCCAAUGGGAAAAAGGGAAUAAAAUUAAUAGAUCUUGCCAGUUUAGAAAAUGAUCGCAACAACUUUUAACAAUUUCUUUUACGUGCCAUCUUCUCAUUUUGAAUUUCUUCGUCUUCAUUUCUACUGAAGCCUAGUGAGAGAUGAGGCUAGCAGCCAAAACAUACAACAAAUACAACAAAUACACCGAUAGCGAAGACAUCUAGCGUAGAAUAGACGACUUUUGAUAUUUUAUCAAAAUGUCAAUCGUACGCCUUUAGAAUAUUUAGCAACAUGAAAUGCAUCACAAUGAAGAACUCGCGUUGAAAAAGGUCGCGUCACUGCAAUCCAAUAGCGAACAAUUCAGAUAGUAUCUGAGGAAAACCUAAUCUGAAGAUAUUGUAUUUCUGAUACAACUCUUGAUUUUACCGAAAACCUUUCCUACUAAAGCAACUACAGUUAAUUAUUAUCGUGUUAAUUAUUUAAUUAUUUAUUUUUUAUUAUCUUGUUUCAGUCGCUCACUUGAACGAACUUGUAUUUUCAUUUUGAAGAAAGCGAAAAUAACACAAAAAAUAAUAGUCGAAGUAUCGGUUGAUUAUUAUAGAAGCUAAACCAAUAAUACUUUGAACGAAGCACAUUAACAUACGACGCGGGAAUAUUAUCCGAAUAUUGUAUACUGCAAUAAUAAAAAAAUAGCUAAAACGGUAGCCGUAGAGAUCUAAAGCAGUGAAUCACAAGAGAAGCAAAGCAGAUUAAUAACCAGAAGUAAUUAUUUCAUGUACAUCUCCAUUAAUUAAAGAAAAUGUAAACAAGCAAAAGUAUUCACGAAAAAUAAGAAACAUGUUUAUUACUUGCAUACCUGCAUUGUAUGUAUUGUUUCCUUUUAGUUUAGACGGAUAUUUUAAUGAUAGGUAGCUAGAUAUUUUUAUUUAAUUGCUUAGUUCAAAUAAGUGCAGGGUUCACAGAGUGAUGAAGAAAACUGGGUUUUUCGGUAUGUGCGCGAAAGUAUGAAAGCAAAGUUAGAGCUGCGAGUCAUGAAUAUUUGCUGCUUUUCUCAAUUUCUUCCGGUGUCUGGUACUGAAAGUAUUUAUAAGGCUAUUCCAAAACUCGCGCAGCUGUUUAUCCUUUCAUUGUUUUAAUCUGAUUUUGGGAAAUAUUUCUAGUUAAGUAGCAAACGUUAACAUUCCUCUUGUAAAAAGUAUGCAUUCGCGUAUUAAUUAGACACCGGAAAUUUGGAAGCAGUGCAAUAUUUCGAACCAAACUGAUUUAAUUCUUGUAUUAUAUUGAUUUGUAUAAAAGAGAACACACAUUCUUUGUAUAUUUUGAGCUUUAAAUAAAACUAAUCAACAUGUUUUGUUGGUCAUGAAACACUAAUUAUCCACAUGAAA